UUUGAUCGAGAAGAUGGGUUUUCUACGGUUAAUUCAGCAAUAUGGCGCGAUGGACCACGUGAAGAGUGGGAUGAGGAAACAGGUCAAUGGGAAAGAGCCUCUAAUACUAAAGUGGUCGUGAAGUAUCUGAACGGUUCUGAAUCAGAUAUUUCUAUGUUGAUAAAUGAAUUCAAAAAUAUGCAAGUUAUGGCAGUUUAUAUUCUUUUAUCAGAGGAAGGGCUUUUAUCGGAUGGUGGCAAAGAUUGA